CCCAGUGUACUCUCCCAAUCCCAUCCUUCCACGUGUCUAAACACUUCCCGCCAAAAUUAAGCUCGCCUUCUAUAUUUCUCUGCCUCUCACUGUCUGCAACAAAUUAACUCGAAAACCACCUACCAAAUGGCAUCCAGACUUCUCCUUCCUCUCAUCCUCCUUUCUUUGCUCUCAGUUUCCUCCCCUCUGCCUUCCCAAACCCUCCUUGACGCUGCCGAAAUCCUCUCCGACUCCGGCUUCGUUUCCAUGGCUCUCACUCUGGACCUACUCUCAAAAACCCUGGCUCCUCUAUCCCCACUCUUCACCAUCUUCUCCCCCGAUCCCGCCUUCCUGGAACACGGCCAGCCCUCGCUUUCUGUUCUCCAAUUCCACCUCUCCCCUCUUCCUCUCUCUCUCGAAUCACUUGAAUCCCUCCCUCCUUCCUCCACCAUCCCCACUCUCCUCCCCAACCAUUCCCUCAUCCUCACCUCAUCUUCCUCCGAUGAUUACGUUUCCCUUAACGGUGUCCGGAUUGAUGGCUCCCCUAUAUUCGAUGAUGGGUCUUUGAUGAUCUUUGGAGUCCAAGUUUUUGACCCGGGUUUCGGGGUUUCGAGUCCUAAUUCUAGUUGUGUCGCAUCCGUAAAUGGUGAUGAUCAUUCAUUCAGUGAGGCUAGUUUGAUUAGGUCAAAAGGAUACUCUGUUAUGGCCUCGUUUCUUGAUUUGCAGCUACUGGGGUUUAAGGCGAAGACCGUAGCUUUGACUCUCUUUGCUCCUCUUGAUGAUGCCAUGAAUAUGAAGGGUUACAUUGGGAAUUUCAGUGUGUUUCCGUCCAUCUUCCGCAGGCAUGUUCUUCCAUGCAAGUUCUCGUGGGCUGAUUUGGUUGCUUUAAAUAAUGGAUCGGUGCUGGGGACGUACUUGGAAGGGUUCAAGAUCGAUGUCACUAAGUAUGGGAAUAACUUGAUGAUCAAUGAAGUGGCUAUUGCUUCUCCAGAUUUGUAUUACGGUGAGUCAAUUGUUGUUCAUGGUCUCCAAGAGGUGCUUGUGGUGCCAGAGAGGCCAGAGACUUUGGCUGAAUCUCCAUCUGAUAUUGGACUGGAUCACGGUGAAUUUUAGUGCUAUUAAUGGUUUUUUUUUUCCUCUCAACGGCUUACUGCUGGACAUCACUGUAAUUGGCUUUUCUAGUUGAUGAUCAAGAAUUCUUUUUUUUUUUUUUAAUGCCAUUUUUGGGCUGCUAAGACAAAGGCUUGGUAUUGAGAUGCUUGACCUAGAAGCUAUAUGGACGAUUAAUUUGAUGUAAUUCAAAGCGAUAUGUCAAGUACUGGGGUUCUGUGUUGCAGGAAAUUGAACUUUUCUCAUUUGGUAUAUAUCAAAUCUCUGCCUUUUUAUCU